AUGGUCAAAUUAUUUGUGGGGAAUCUUGCCGACACUGUGGAUUCAACGAAACUCAAGCAGGUUUUUCAACAAUUCACAAAAGUAACGGAGUGCGAUGUCGUGAAAAAUUAUGCCUUUGUGCAUAUUGAGGAUGAUGAUGUUCAGUCAAUCAUAAACAGGUUGAAUGGCUACACUCUGGAAGGAAAAAAUAUUCACAUUCAGCUAGAUGGUCCUGAUGCGAAAAGGUCAGUUCAGAUGAUCAGCAUGGUUGACGAGGAGAUACCACGCCCACCAGAGCCUGAACUACAACAACUCUAUGAGGAAUACAGUUUAUCUCGACAGCGAUAUACUUAUUAUCGUGAACGACUGCAGAAGGAGAUUCAUGCAAAACGUAAUGGCAUGGCUGGAUCGGUCUACGUCACGCCAAUUGCGCCUUUGGGCACAGCAUCUACACAACUUUCUUCGGCUGCCGUCCCCUACAUCGCUCCCCAGCCUCAAGCAUAUACUCAGCCUGCAGCUAUUGGUGGAAGCCAUCCAUAUUCAUUGAAGGCUCCUUAUGCUGUCGCCACUCCUCCACAAGUACAACAGAUGGCAACUGUGCCUCAAAUGGGCGCUGUUCCUGCUCAACAAACAACCUAUCUCCCCAACCAAACCACCCCCGUAUAUGGAACUGUUGGUGCAACAAUGCACCAAGGUCUGGUGAAUGUACAGCCUCAGCAAGUACCUUAUGUUACUGCCGUUCAACAACAGCAGUCUGCUAUCGGAGUCCAGUCAUCAGCACCGAUGACUACACAGCAGUAUUUGCAGAGCGUGGGAUUACAACAAGCACAGCAACAGCAGCAGACGGGAGCUCAGCUGGGCUUGGGACAGGUGCAGCAGACCACUCUGAAUGCGCCGUACGCUGGAGUGAAUACGGGCACUUCUUGGAUGCAACAACAACAACCGGCGGUUCAGCAGCAAAUGGUGGGGCAGUACCAGCGCCAGCCAACCUUCCAACAAUCUCCUCAGCGUCAGUCGUCGCUGGUUCCUCAGCAGCAGCAGUCUUAUCAGGCUGGAGGAUUAGUAAAGUUGAAUAUUAUGUGA